UUCUCCGCGGAAAACUGAUUUAAUUGUAUAUUUUGUAUUAUAAAUUAUGAAAUGUCUGCAUGGAGUGAGCGGCAGCGUCUAGUCUGUGUCAUCUGUUGCCUACUGCUAUCAGUCGUCGCUGCAGCAAACAGCCAAAAGAUGAAUCAGCAGGAGACCGCCACAAGGAGUGGAAGGAUGAGCCGCAAUAGUGCUGCCCGCCGGCUGCAUACCCAACUGCUCUACGAUGCCUAUCGUGAUCGACUGAGAGCUGAAGAAGAGGUAAGGGAGGAGGAAGGCAAGGACGCAGCCAUGGACGAGCAGUCACUGGAGCAUUCAUGGAAGUACUUUGAUCGAAUUUCAAAGGAAGACAGAGAAGAAGCAGCCAACGAGAAGAAGCCGCCAAUCAGUGGAAUGUUGAUAUUAAAAAUGAACAACGAACACGCAGCCAUCAACUCCACAGCAAAGGCGACGCAUAAACAGGAGGCUGAGGACCAUGCCAAAGCCUUGCGGCUACAGCCAAGUGCUGUUUCAACCCCAAGGCUAAACCCAAAGCUCUCCACAUCACUGAGGGAGACGCUAGCCAAAUCUGGAUCGCUUGGGCUCAGCGCUGUGACUCGAUUAAUGGAUGCCCUCGAGCAGCUCGAGCAGAACGAUUUGGUAAGCGAAUUGGCGAAGAGAAUCAGCGCUGGAAUGGAGACAAAGUUGAGCAGCAACAGCUCCCUGUUGGUUGGUCUUGCCACAAGUGAACAGACCCUCAACGAGCUACUCGAUGACGUGGAUCCGCAGAGGGUUGCGACACACUUCAAGAAUAUCCUCAAAGACUUGAAGAGGAGUCGACCGAUUGACCAGCUGGGUGGCCUCUAUGACGAUUAUCUGCAAAUAUUCAAUCAAGCGCUCAGUGGAGAGAAGUUUGCGCGUGAGUCCACAAGUACAGGAGAAGGACCAGAACACACCAGGAAAUUGAUCAAACUGAAGAAACUUCCAGCAGCGGAAACCCAAUACGCGAGUGCCUUGGAGACGUUCCUCAAGAUGAGCAAGGAGAAUCAGUUGAACGGCGGCCUCAAGCCCUACUACUUGCCGAAGUCCAAGAAUCGUCAACUCAUCUGGAAUGAGGUCCCACUGAUCAAGCCGGAGCACAGCAGAGAGCCACAAAAGUUGAAGGCAGAAAGCAUGAGGAGGCUUCACGACAUUAAGAAGAAACUCAAGCUCCUGGACAGCGAUGAGAGAGACUCCAAAGUGAAGCUCAAAACGCAGCCUGCCCCAGCGGAAGUUGAGUCUGCUCCGGCGCUGGAUGCCAAUGUGAUUAUCGAUGGCUUGAAGGCGAUCAAGAAGGCGCCGUUCUACAAUCUCUUCGUUGAGUACCAAAGGCAGAUGCUGCACCUCAAGCAGAGCCUGCAGAGCAAGCAGGAUUGGUGGAAGGAUGUGUUGGAUAAAGGAGCGGAAUUUGCCAGUGCAAUGUGCAAGCGGAAUGUGCCCAAUUAUCUCUACCCGCUGCCAGCUCCCGGAGCUCCUGCCCCAGUGCCCUUCCCCGAGGCGCUAAUGAAUCAAGCGGGCUCCAUGCCGCAGAUCGGGGGCAAUGUGAUGGACAAUAUGGCCAGUCAAAUGAAUAUGUCUCCACUGGAGUUGGCCCAGCGGCUUGUCGGUUCGAGUCCACGUCCUAUGGCUACAGCUACAGAACGAAUGCCCACAGAAUAUGGUCCUGUGCAGGGACAGCUGGUUGGACAGCUGAUGAAUGUGCCACUGAAUACAGUGCGGAAAACGCAGCAGUUUGUGCCACAAACAACUGUGCAGCCGCCACAGCAGCAUCAGCCACAGAUGAAGGAGAAUAUUGUAGCAGAUCCGCCAACGCAGGAGGACCAACCAUCACAGGAGCCAACAAAGAAUGUGUCUUCGAAACAUGAGCACACCUUGGGACAGGAAUCAUCCAACAUAGCGCCAGUACUGGACAAGAUUCUGCAGCGCCUGGAGACAAUGCAGGAGCUGAAGUGCAACAGCUCGAGCUUCAGUGAAAAGGAGGAGCUUCCGGAUCUGCCCUGUUGCUUUGCCGAUGCAGAUGCUGCACCUUGCGACAUAAAUGGUUCCUGGGAGUCCCUGCAUGCGGGCGUGCGGAUCAACAUUCGAACACCCAAGAAGGGCAAGCUGCGCGAGGGAGAGUCGAAGCCCAACUGUUACAAUCCCAAAGGAGACAAGUCGCGGCGACAGUGCGUGAAGAUAAACCAAUCCCAGCUGAAGGACAAGUCUGAUGCCAGGAAGGAGGAGCACCUGCACGGCGGCCUGACGCUCAAUGUCAGUGUGCAGGAAAUUGUGCCGCCGCGUACCCAUGCGAUCUUCGAGAACCUCACCGACUGGGAUGUUUCGGGGCAAUCGUUGAGCGAGUUGGGGGGACCCAUCUCGCUGGCAUUCCGCAAGCUGAAAUCCAAUCAAAUUGUCAACUUUGUGGGCUACUGCCGCAACUGCGGCUGCGUGGAUACGAUAUUUGGAUCGUGGACCUUCUUCCAGCCGUCUCGGGACUGUCAGGACAUCACCAUGUCCAUCACGGACAAGCGUGAUCUGCUGAGGAGAUACAAUCUGGACGAGAAGCGCAGGAAUCGCUACAAGGAGCAGCUCUAUCUGGGCAGCAAGUUUGCCCGCUUGGAGAAGGAGCGAAUGGAGGCCGAACUGAUGAAGUUCGAGAGGUCCACGCUGCCGCCGCAACUGCAGCCGAAUGAGGCAGCUUUCUGAUUGUUUUCACUUGUU